AGAAGUGUUUCCCUUAGCUGUGGAAACUCUAUAAAGAGAGUGCCGGCUUCCCUUCUCUCGAGCAGUUAGCAACAGGAGUCUCCUUCUCUGACAUCUCAGCCUACACAGGAUUGAGAAGAAGUAAAACCCUUUGCCUGAAGGCUGGCCCAGGUUCCUGGUUGCCAUGUGGCAGUCACUGAAUUACCCAUACCCCCAAAUCUACUGGGUGGACAGCAGCACCAGCUCUCCUUUGGCCCCUCCAGCGUCUGUUCUCCCCUGCCCUUCCUCUGUGCCUGGAAGGCCCGGUCAAAUGAGGCCGCCACCACCCCCACCUCCACCACUGCCAUCACGGCCACAGCCACCAUUGCCUCCAUUCCCACCAUCACUUCUGAAGAAGAGAAGGAACCACAACACAGGCCUAUGUCUCCUUGUGAUGUUUUUCAUGGUUCUGGUGGCCCUGGUUGGACUGGGGCUGGGGAUGUUCCAGCUCUUCCACCUGCAGAAGGAGCUGGCUGAACUCAGAGAGUCUACCCGCCAAAGACCUAUAGCACCAUCUUUGGAGAAGCAAAUAGGUCAGCCCAGUCUACCUUCUGAAAAAAGGGAGGUGAAGAAAGUGGCCCAUUUAACAGGAAAUCCCAACUUAAGGUCCAUCCCUUUGGAAUGGGAAGACACCUAUGGAAUUGCCUUGGUCUCUGGAGUGAAGUAUAAAAAGGGCGGCCUUGUGAUCAAUGACACUGGACUGUACUUUGUGUAUUCUAAAGUAUAUUUCCGGGGCCGUUCCUGCAACAACCAGCCCCUGAACCACAAGGUCUACAUGAGGAACUCUAAAUAUCCCCAGGACCUGGUGCUGAUGGAGGAGAUGAUGAUGAACUACUGCACUACUGGUCAGAUGUGGGCACGCAGCAGCUAUCUAGGAGCAGUGUUCAAUCUCACCAUUGCUGACCAUUUAUAUGUCAAUGUAUCUGAGCUUUCUCUGGUCAAUUUUGAGGAAUCUAAGACAUUUUUUGGCUUAUAUAAGCUCUAAAAAAAGCACUUUGGAAUACUCUCCAUUAUAGUUCCUUGUUAUAGGCACUGAAAAUGCUGUCUUGAAUGAGGGUCUUCGUAAGCCUGCUUGAAGUCAAGUGAGAAGGCAUGAACCAAGAGAACCUUAAGACUACAGGGUCCAGCGGGUCUGCAGUUCCUCUUCUCACGUAAGGUCCAUGAUCCAGAUAGGAGGAGGAAUAUGACUGAGGAACAUAAAAUUCUGACCAGGUGAAGAUACAGAGACAGUGAAAAGUAUCUGCCAGGCUUGUUCAACAGUCACCUUAAGUGACCAAGAACAUUUUCACACAUUGAAAAGGACACUUUUUAACUCACCUCUUGGGGUGGGUCUACUCACUACCUCGGGGGAAGCUGUCUUUCAGAUAUGUGGAGGUGACAUGACUGUAUAAGCGAUGGAAAAAGAGGAGUAGGCUUGCAUGAUAAGCUAAAGAGACUGCAAAAAGCCAAUGCCCCAUUGGCAGUAUCUUCACUUCUAAUGCCUAGCCUGAGCUACCUGAUGAAGCUAAUGGAGAAUCAAGAGGGAGCUUCUGGGCCACAGUCCACUCCCUACACAGUAUGUGUAUUUCCAGUGCAAUUGGUGUGUGUGUGUGUGUGUGCAUGUGUGAGACUGAAAGAGUAGCAUAAGUUAGAGAACUUGUGAAGUACAUUUUAGGAAUAUAUGGGUUGUGUUUGGGGGUAAAUUGAAAGCCUCUUGGCAGCCAACUCUAAUUUUUGAUUGUCAGCUACCAAUGCUGUUUUCUUAUAAUAUAACCAAUAUUUAUACACAUUUUGUGCAUUUUAAUGAAAAGGAUACGUGUAAUAAAGCUAUAUUGUAGAAUGCAGAUAAAUAUUACAAAAGUACAUUUUGGAAACCAUUAAGAUUUGGUGCCUUUUUCCUGAUUAUUUCCUUCCUCCAUGACUUCUUUAUUCACUGUGACUUAAGGCCACCUUAAGAAGAAUUUAAUGGGGUGGGAAGAACUGUGAAACAAAUUUUUCGUCUUUGCCUGGCCCUUCUCCCCUCUCUGUUUCUCCUUUCCUCUUCACCUCCCACUACCCAGUUUCCAAUACAAAUAUUGCCAGUGUUAAGCUCAUCCAACUUUUCAUAGAUUUGAUAACAAGUUGUCUUUCACAGGGGCAGAGCCAUGGUAUAGUGCAAAGGGCACAGGCUUUGGACUAAAAAACCUGGAUUUAAAUCUUUGUUCGUUUACUUGCUAACCAUGAAAUGUCUGGGAUGGUCUCUUGACCUUUCUUGGACAAAAGAGAGCUGAUAUACACAUAAAGUAUCUGACUCAUGGUAGGACAUCAAUAAAUGGUAUCCACCAUUAUUAAUAAGCCAUUCUAUGAGAGGCACUCCAUUUUCCAGAAGAAGCCACUGAUCUGAGGGAUCCAUCCAAACACCUGGUUUCUUACAUUCUGGCCUCCUCACUCACAAUGACCUUUUUUUCUUUUCUUCAACCACUCACUGGCUUUCUCAACCUUUGCUCUUAUUGAUAUCGUGCGCUGCAUAAUUCUUUGUUGUGGAGGCUUUUCUGUGCAUUGUAAUAUGUAUAGCAGCAUCCGUAGUUUUUAUCCACUAAAUGUCGGUAGCAUCCUCCCAUCCCAUUGUGACAAGCAAAAAUGUCUCAGACAUUGACAAAUGUUCCUAGGGGAGAGGACGUGUAAAAUCGCCCCUGGUUGAGAACCACUCACAGGUCUCAAUGGACAUUCAACACUGUUCGGCACUUUUUCUUCGUUUCCCUAGCAAGCAUGUUUUUCACACUUCAAGACAAUUAUAUCAUUUUUUCCCUCUUGCAAACCAACCACAUCCCCUCCUCCCACCAUAUAGCCUCACUUCCCACCACCAAAGACACAAUUCUACCGGCAUCUGCAUCAUUUCAUCAUCUCUUUCUUCCAUUCAGUUAUGAUCUCUCCUAUACUCUCUCUCUCCUACUUUGUCUCUUUAAAAUAUUUCUUCUCUCUUUGGAAUCCUCAAGUUAUCCCUGUCUCUGAAACCAUUUCUGCCAGUAUAUACACAUGUUCAAGUAGUCCCUUUCAUUAAAAACCAAACUAAACCAAACCAAACUAAACAAAAUUCCGUUUCUUUACCCUUCAUCUUCCUCCA